AUGGCAACGUCGCCGUCGUCAACGACGUCAAUGUCGACGAAGACAGCGUCGAGGAGAGUAACGAGGGAGAGGAACGCGACGACGACGACAAUGACGGAGGCAAUGGUGAAAACGUUCGCCGCUAUCGAGAGCCGCUUUCUUCGGCAAUAUCAGUACAACAAGGAGGCACACGUGGACGCGCUCUCUCCUCCGAAAUGGAACCGGCGCGAGAGGAGUCUAUGGAGGAGGAAGAAGAAGAAGAAGAAGUUCCUCACGAGCGCGUGCGGAGUGCACGAAUUUGUAUUUCGCGAUAAUCCGGUAAAACAAUUCGUCGAUUUUGCAACGAGAACGACGAAGCGUUUCUCCUGCUUCAUCUGUAUCGCGCACAAUGCGGCGGCGUUCGACUCGGAGUUCAUCUUGUGUUACCUGGUCAAGAGCGGUAAGACGAACGAGCCCAAAGUAAUAUUAAACGAGACAAAAAUUGUAUUACUAACCGUGGGACGGACAAAAUUUCUCGAUAGCGCUAAUUACAUGCCUAUGCGGUUGUCAGCGUUACCGAAAGCUUUCGGACUGAAGGAUUCUGUCGCCAAAGGCGUAUUUCCGCAUUUAUUCAACACAAUUAAAAAUCAAAAUUAUAUCGGGCCGCUACCGGAUAUUGAUUAUUAUUCUCUGGAUACGAUCAUCGACGAAUGCGAACAAUUUUAAACGUGGCACGCGGAAAUCACGGGUAAAAACGCGGUGUUUAAUUUUCAACAGGAGAUAGUACGCUAUUGCCGGAACGACAUAGAUAUUCUUCGACGAGCGUGUCUGACCUAUCGAAAAAUUUUCUUAGACCGCGGAAACGUGUGCCCGUUCGAAGAAUGCACGACUAUCGCUUUCACGUGUAUGAAAGUUUUUCGCAAAAACUUUUUGCGCGAGAAGGAAAUUGGGAUAAUCCCGCUCGGCGGUUAUAGGGGUGUCAACGCGCAAUCGCGUAAAGCGCUGCAAUGGUUAUUGCUGAUGGAGUAUGAGCUCGGACGCACGAUAAUUCACGCGGGGAGAGGUCGGGAACAGCGUUUAUCGGAAGGCCCGCUCGUCGACGGAUAUUAUGAGACGGAGAAUCCCCGGCAGCGUCACGUGCUGCAGUUUCACGGCUGUUCUAGGCACGGAUGUCCCGAGUGUUUUCGCGUGAACCGCGACAGACCGCUCUCAACCGUGUCGCGCGAGGAUACGAUCGAAGCGCGUUACGAGCGCACACUCGUGACGACGUGUCGUCUUAGAAAACAGGGAUACGUCGUUACGGAAAAGUGGAAGUCUAUCUUCGAUCGGGAGCUGCGCGAAAAUCGUGAAAUACGCAAAUUUGUUGAGAAUCAUCCCAUGUUGAGAAACAAUCCCCUCGAACCUCGCGAGGCGUUCUACAGCGGGCGUACGGAAAAUAUCGUCACGCGGUACGAAGUUACGGGUACGGAGAAGAUACGCUACGCGGACGUGUGUUCUUUGUACCCGUAUGUGCUAAAGACGGGUGCUUUUCCGCUCGGUCAUCCGGACAUUUACGUGGGUGAGGAGUGUUGCGCCUUGAUCGGAGCAGGUCCCGAUUUUAACUUUGACGCCGUAGAAGGCCUCGUACGUUGCAGAGUGCUCGCGCCGCGUGAUCUCUUCCAUCCGGUACUCCCUUAUCGCGUGAACGAAAAAUUGCUAUUCGCGCUUUGCCGCUGUUGCUGUGAGACAUUUUCUCAGACCGCGUGUACGCACGAUGACACUGCCGAUCGCGAAUUCGAAGCCGCGUGGGUGUCUAGCGAGUUACGCAAAGCUAUCGAGAAAGGUUAUCGCGUCACGAGCGCGAGCGAAAUAUGGAGCUACAAAAUCACGCGAUCCGGUUAUACGGCGGGGGGAUUGUUCGCCGAGUAUAUCAACUGCUUUCUGCAGUUGAAGCAAGAGACCAGCGAAUGCGUGAAUGAUAAAGGCGACAAGGAACAGUAUCUGCGCGAAUAUGAGAAAGUCGAGGGUAUUGUUCUUAAUAGGGCGAAUAUCUCCCCGAAUCCAGGCUUGCGCUCGGUCGCGAAGCUCUGUUUCAACUCCUUCUGGGGUAAAUUCGGCCAAUCUACCGAAUACUGA